GGGGGCGUGGCCACAAAAGGCGGCAGCCGCGGCGGGAGGGCGGCCGAGAUGCGAGGCGUCUUCCCCACCUGCGUGACGAGAGCCGCGGGGAUCCGCAGGUGGAUGGGAGAGUCCUGAGAACCCUCCAGAUCUGACCAAGGCCAAGAUGGAGAAGACCUUAGAAGGACUGCAAGAACAAAUGAUGGCUAGAUCUGUCCCUGGUGAUGCUGAACUUCAAGAACUGAUGCACCAGAUUGAUAUAAUGGUAAACAAGAAGAAACUGGAAUGGGAAAAGAAGCUGCAGGGAUUGGAAGCAAGAAUGACUAUCCGGGAUCAAGAGUUAGCAAAUGCCCAAAGCAAAUUAGAUCAGAAAGGUCAAGAGGUGGGCUUACUCAGACAGAAACUGGACAGCUUGCAAAAGUCAAAAUAUGAGAUGGCUCAGAAUUACGACGCACAGCUUCAAGCCUUGAAAACUCAAUUUGCUAAGCUGACACAAAGCUAUGAAAAGCUACAGUUGCACCAAUUAAAGCAAAAUAAAACUCGCAACAUGGAGAAAUGCACAGAAAACCAAGAAGCACCUUUCCAGAUGAACAGUUUAAACCAGAAAUUGGAGGAAUUUAGAGCAAAAUCAAGCGAGUGGGAUAAGCAGGAAACACUGUAUCAAAAUCAUUUGGUUUCUUUAGAUGCUCAGCGAAAAUUAUUGUCUGAGAAAUGCAAUCUGUUCCAGAAACAAGCUCAAAAUUGUAAAAUCCAAAUACACUGUCAAAAGCUGACGCAAAAUGAUGGGGAUACCUCCAGCCAGUACAGAAAUGAGCCACUUGGUGUCCAGAACGGUGCUUUUACCGAGCCCGCUGAUAGGAACAAAUUCUUUAUGGAAAAACUUGAAUCAACUGUGAGCGAAAUAGCGGUGAGCAGAAACAAACUACAAGAGGAAAAUUUAAAGCUCCAACAGGAAGUAAAAAUGUACCAAAGAAAAUGCCAGAACACUGAAGCCAGACUCAUAGAAGUGAGGAACGAACUGCAGUCUCGUGAAGACCUCUUAAAUAUGGUGGAACUGGAAUGCCAGCAGUUGCGAAAGGAAGUGGCCAAAAUCGAAGAGUAUAAAAACAAAGAAGAAAACCAAGUGAAGCUUCAGUCAGCUUAUGCACAGUGCAUCAAGGAUCUGGAAAUAAAGAAAACUCAGAUACUUAUUCUGGAAAAGCAGCAAGACAAUCUACAAAAAGAGCUAAAUGAGAUAAAGGACCAACGUUCUCGGGAAGAGCAAUCCCAUUGCUCUGAGGUGGAGAGACUGAGGAUGGAAAACUCUAGCUUAACAGAGGAGCUUCAUCAGAAGGAAAUUACUAUAGCAACUAUCAUGAAAAACGCUGCAGUGCUGGAAAAGCAGACAGUGGAUUUAUCAAAGAAAGAGCACAAAACCUGUUUGGAUCCUGCUGAUAUGCUGGAGUAUAAGAAUGGAAGGUUACACAAAGAAUUCCUUAAAUUGCCGAGAGACACAGACAUGCCUUCCUUGGUGAAUGCCAUUGCAUACUUUGGAGCAAACCACGCCAAGCCGGCCUCUCUUAAAAUGCAGGCAAAGGAAGAGAAGUCCGUGCAGAAUUCAGCCCAGUCUGCAUUAUAUGAACACUGGGGAUGCUGCCGAACAUGUGUUCCUGGCUGGCAUGGCCUACAGGAUGUUAUAACUCUUGGAAGCAAUGGCACCUCACCUCCUGAAAGAUCAAGCAGAGUUCGUGAACCUGUAGCAGAUGGUAGAUCUCCAUCCCCACUGGAGGUGCUCUCACCAUUUUACUGCACUUCCUUUCCUGAAAGGAAUAAAUCUGAUAUAUUGCUGAACCAGGUCUACAUUAUGGAAGAAAGACAUAUGCCUUCCCCAGAGACUUUGUUCCCGGCCGCUGCAGCAGAGAAAUUCCUACAGGAGGAAGAGAGGCGAGCAAAAGACUUUGAACAGAUUUUAAACUCUCACAUUGAAGAACUGCAAAGGCAAUCAUCAAACACCAUAAAGAACUAUGCCACUCUCAAGCAAACACACCUCAGAUGAACCUUUAAAAAAAAGAAAAACCCUUAAAUUGUACAGAUAAUCCCUGCACCAAUCAUCAAUUACCAUUUAAAAAAAAAACUUUAGUCAAAGAAAUUUUUGUAAUGUGAGAUUUUAUAUCGUUUCUCUAUGGAUUUCAUUUCAGCCAUGAAUUUGGAAGAUCGUGUAUCAAAAGGUCUAAAAAAAAAUCUGGAAAUUAAAUAUGAAUACUUUUUUAAUUUUUAGUGCGAUCCAAAUUCUGUUUCUUAUUUGAAAUGCUGCAUCCAAAAUGUUCUAUGACACUAAUUCAAAGUGGUUGCAAUGCUAGGAACAAAAUUCACACUGAGGUGUCUCAUCAAAACAAGAAACAGUUUCAGGUAUUUAUCUAUGAGUAACCAUAGGGAUUUAGAACACCCUCUAGGGAGGCAUAAAUCUGGGUGACCGCUAGAUGGUGCCAAAGCAGUGCAGAAAAUCUAUUUUGCUACAGUCCACUGAUUAAUUAUAUUUUUGCAGCCCAGAUGCAGUAACAUUAGCUUUAGCCUUCUUUUAAUUCAGGUACAAAAAUAAUUUUCCCUGGAAAAAAUCUAACUAAAUAAACUGAGGGGGGGGGGAAUAAACUAUAGGUUGAUUCUAUGUUUCUGUUUUUCAAAUGAGAUGCAGACCCUUCAAAACGAUUAUCUCUUUCAGGGCAGGAGGGAUAAAAUAGGAAAUUUUACUUGAUUCAUUAAGGUAAGGUGACCAACCGUCCUCCUUUAGGGAGGACAGUCCUUGUAAGUUCUGUCCUCUCUUGAAAGAUGUCCUCCUACAUGUCCUCCUUUUUGAUAUUUGAAGACUAAUCUGUAAAUCUCUGUAUUCGAUUGAUGCCGAUCCGAUCCAUUGCGUGUGAUGUGACAUAUUUAUAUUUGACAUGACGAUUCGUCAAGGCUUGGUACAAUGUGGCUAGACGCAAUUAUGAGACACAUGCGCUCCGCACAGGAGAAUUGUUUUGAGAGAGUGUGCCGCGCGCAAGUGGCUUUGUUUACUUCUUAUCGAAACACGACAUGGCAUACACGCAUGCAUUAGACUCACUUUUUUUUCUUCAAUUUAUUUGCGUCCUCCUUCUCAUUGUAAAAAAGUUGGUCACCUUAAUUAAGGAGAUUGCUUUAACAAAUGUUUUAAUGAAUCUUUUCUAGAUCUAUAUUGACUAUUAUACCUAUAGAUAAUUGCUCACUUUGGAGGAGUUGGGGGGCCAUAUCAAUGCAAUGAACGAAUGUCUAUGUCAGGGGUAGGCAACCUUGGCUCUUUUAUGACUUGUGGACUUCAACUCCCAGAAUUCCUGAGUCAGCAUGGCUUAGCUU